AUGGGUGAAUGGUUAAGUCGUGGUAACGGCCCCGAAAGAGCCAAUCUCCGAGUUGGAGGCCCAUUUGAUGGGUCUUUUGAGGCAAAUAACUCUAAAGUGGAAGUUAGUAAGCUGAUCAAGAUGAGAGGAGAUAAACCUCUUACGGUUGAAAAGGCAAGGGUGGCUCCACCGAAAGUCAAGCCUCUUGUCGCUAAGGCCCCGACCAUGACUAAAGUGGCUUAG